GACGAUGAACCACCUGAGAUAACAUACUGUGUCGUGGAAAAUACAGGAACACUUUCACUGCAAGCGAUGACACCAACGCAGCCAAUACCGGCACAAGAUGAAUUAGAUGCUAAAUUCGCAGAACUUGUGGAGGAACUGGAUCUAACCGCACCUAAUAAGACUGCCAUGAUGAAUUUGCCACCGCAGAAGAAAUGGCAGAUUUACUGCUCGCGUAAGGGAGGCGAAGACGUUGUGGACCAAGCGCGAGCUCCCGAACAUUACGUUGAAAGGUUGCGAGCACUUGCCACAUUGGCAUAUCCUGAUGGUAAUGUCGAUGAAGAUCUGAGGUCAAGAACCAAACAAAUUGAUGGGUUGAAGACGGCCUUGCGUACUUCCACCCACAGUUUUGUCAUCAAAUUUAUCGAACUGGAUGGGCUGCCGGCCUUGCUGCAAUUUUUAGAGCGGAUGGAUUAUUCUACAGCAGAAAGUUCGAUACACACCAGCAUCAUUGGUUGCGUUAAAGCGCUUAUGAAUAAUUCCACCGGCAGAGCACAUGUGUUAGCGCAUCCAGUCAGCAUAAACACAAUAGCUCAGUCAUUGAGUACUGACAACAUAAAAACCAAAAUAGCUGUUUUAGAAAUUCUGGGCGCAGUGUGCUUGGUCUCGGGCGGCCAUAAGAAGGUGCUGGAUGCGAUGCUACAUUACCAACAGUACGCUUUUGAGAGGACGAGGUUUCAAGGGAUAAUCAACGACUUGGACCGCGACGUCGGAAAGUACAGGGACGAAGUCAAUCUAAAAACUGCCAUAAUGUCUUUUAUUAACGCCAUGCUCAACUACGGAUUAGGGCAGGAGAAUUUAGAGUUUCGCUUGCAUUUACGAUACGAGUUCCUUAUGUUAGGGAUACAACCGGUUAUUGACAAACUUCGACGGCACGAGAACGAAACACUGGACAGGCAUCUCGAUUUUUUCGAAAUGGUACGAAAUGAAGAUGAAAAAGAACUGGCGAGAAAGUUCGAGUUGGAACAUGUUGAUACAAAAAGCGCAACGUCAAUGUUUGAAGUCAUACGAAAGAAACUUAGUCACACGCCUGCCUACCCUCACUUCCUCUCACUAUUAGAGCAUUGCUUACUUAUACCUUUAGACUAUGGCUCGCAUCCCCAGCACUGGUUGCUAUUUGAUCGGAUCGUCCAACAGAUCGUUCUGCAGCAAAGCGAAGUGGAGGUCACAACGAAACCUAAAAACCCAGACGUAGCGCCUAUCGAUAUCAACGUGAAAGAAAUCGUACACUUACUUGCCAAAGAAGAGGAACUCGUAGCCGCCCGAAACAAGGCCGAGGAACUUGAACACGAAAAUGUGGACUUAUCCAAUCGAUUGGCGAAGAAAGAGCAGGAGCUCGAUCAACGUACGCAAGAAAAAGAAGAUUUCGAAUCUAGUCUAGCUCGAAUAAAAGAGCGUUUGGAAAAAGAAACGGCAGCUCACAUCGAUACCCGCCAACGGCUAGGGGAACUGGAAUACAGAGCUGCCGAUUUGGACCGUCAAGUUUCAUGUGAACGAGGCGAACGAUUCCGCUUAGAAAGGCUCGUUAGUUCGGGUAGCAUACCUGAUGACGCUAAAGUGAUAGGGCUACAAUCGGUAGUAGAUGUAAAUAAUUUAGAAUACAGUAGUUUUAAUUCCGGCCCGCCUCCACCCCCGCCGCCGCUUGCACCACCCCCACCUCCAGCUCCCGGUCCUCCACCGCCACCUUGCGCGCCACUCGCACCACCCGUUGCGCCUCUCAAAAUCGAAGUGGCCAAGAAAAAUAUACCCCAACCGUCGAAUCCGCUCAAAUCAUUCAACUGGUCCAAACUACCCGAAUCGAAAGUUUCCGGAACCAUUUGGAGUGAACUCGACGAUACAAAAUUGUACAGUACUAUGGAGCUGGAUUGCAUUGAUAAGCUAUUUUGCGCCUACCAAAAGAAUGGGGUGGCGAAUGACGGUUCCGUCGAAGAUCUGAGACAAUUAGGUAAAAACCGAAAUAAGGUUCUUUCGGUUAUUGACGGAAGACGUGCCCAAAAUUGUACGAUAUUACUAUCGAAACUGAAGAUGUCUGAUGAGGACAUUUCCAAAGCAAUUUUGAGCAUGGAUUACAAAGAGCAGUUACCCAUAGAUAUGGUCGAGCAGCUGUUAAAGUUUACUCCUAGUCCUGAAGAGCAAGCACUGUUAGAAGACCACAGUGGUGAUAUUGACUCGCUGGCGAGAGCUGAUCGAUUUCUUUAUGAAAUUUCAAAGGUUCCACAUUACGAGCAACGAUUAAGAAGUCUGCAUUAUAAAAAACGCUUCCAAGUGACUUUACACGAGAUUCUACCUCGGAUUUCAAGUGUGAUGGAGGCGUCUAGAGAGGUGGCGCGAUCUCGCCGUCUUCGGCGGUUAUUAGAAAUAGUACUAGCAUUAGGUAAUUACAUGAAUCGAGGGGCUCGAGGGAACGCCAUUGGGUUUAGAUUGGCUUCACUGAACCGGCUAGCCGACACUAAAUCGAGCGCCGCCAAGGGAACAACUCUCUUGCACUAUUUGGUGCAGAUUCUCGAGAAGAAGUUUAGAGACAUUCUACGGUUAGAUGAAGAUGUACCACAUAUCCGAGAUGCUGCUAAAGUCUCAUUAGGGGAGUUGACCAAGGAUAUGGGCCAACUUCGAGCAGGUCUCAAAGAUGUAGCUCGUGAAAUUGAAUUUCAUCGAGGACAAAGCCCAUUAGCUAACGAUAAAUUUGUUCCUGUAAUGCGAGAGUUUCAAGCGACUGCUACCUGUCGCUUGGCAGAAGUGGAAGAUCAAUUCCAAGAUAUGAAGACUCGAUUUGAAAGAGCGGUGCGAUUGUUUGGUGAAGAUCCGACGGCGAUGCAACCAGACGAAUUCUUCGGUAUUUUCGAUUCGUUCUUGACGUCGUUCAUGGAGGCGCGCCAGGACAAUGAGAAUAUGCGCAAGCGUCAAGAGGAGGAAGAGAAACGGGCAAAACAAGAGGCGGAAUUAAAGAAGCUCACCUUGGAGAGGAAGCACACGCGUGAAGGUAUUUUGUCGACAAUUAGCAAAAGUAUAAACCUAAAGAACGGGGACAACGGCGGCGCUAAAGGAGAGUUUGAUGAUUUGAUUUCUGCCCUUAGAACAGGUGAUGUGUUUGGUGAGGAUAUGGCCAAAUUUAAAAGGUCGCGAAAGAAUAGGACAGGUUCCAGUGGGAAUUCGCCGCCUCGACGAAAUUCGGUAAAUAGGGAAGAUAGUAGAGAACGUGUUGUUACGGCCAGUAGACGACAGUAAUUUUGGUAGGUGUUUUUAUAAUAUUUACAUAAGUUCAUUUUGAUCCCUUUACCAUGUUAACCAUACUAUAUAUACAUAGGCGUGCGCUUGACUUUGAUAGAAAUCAAACUUUAUCAUUAGCCUUGGACCAAUAAACAAUGAUCUUUUUUAUGGCAAAAAUGUGCAUAUGACGAAUUAGUGUAUUUUGUAUUGUAAUUAACACCAAUGUAAGCUUUUUUACGUACUUCAAUUUGUAUGUUUGUAUAAUGUAGACCAUAGUUUAUUACAUGUUUAAUUAUGAUAUCAGAAUAACAAAAUAACAAUUGUGCUCUGAAUUAAAACGGAACUGAUACAAUAAAUAUUUAGA